AUCCUAUUCGUUACUCUGAGAUGGUAUACCAUAGAUGGACAUUCCAGGCGAUUAUGAAUGCUCUUGUGUCUGUGGACACGUUUUUCACUAUGAGCGGUCUGCUGUUAGCCUAUCUGUUUUUGAAGGAUAUAAAGAAAAACGGGAAAAUGAACUGGCCGUUAUUCUACUUUCACAGAUUCUGGAGGUUGACCCCCAUCUAUAUGUUGGUGCUGAUGAUUGAAGCUACUUUAACCAAAUACAUGGGAGGUGACGGCGGUCCAAUGUGGCAGCGAGAAGGAAUCGAUACCUUCUGUGAGGAUUCUUGGUGGACAAAUCUUCUGUAUAUCAACAACCUAACUAGUUUAACUAAAAUGUGUAUGGGCUGGUCUUGGUACCUGUCGAACGACAUGCAGUUUUUCGUCAUCAGUCCACUCCUACUAGUACCACUCUACCGUAAAAAGUUCGUAGGCCUGAUAGUAUGUGUGGUAGCAUUGUUUGUAUCACUAUUGACAACGGGAAUACUCAGUACUCAUAACGAAUGGGCUACUUCCCCCCUGAUACCAGGCAUGUCACAAGCACAGUCAGAUUCCUAUAAUAACGAUUACUACGUUAAGCCCUGGUGUAGGAUCAGCCCGUAUAUCGUCGGUAUAUUAACCGGAUUCGCUCUCCAUGAGUGUGAAUGUAAAUUCAAACUCAACAAGUGGUUGAAUCUGCUGUGUUGGUUGGUUGCCGCUGGUGUCGCCUGUUCUGUGCUGUACGGAUUGUAUGGGGCGAUUACCGGCUCGUCUAUCAGUGUACCCGUGUCUUCCCUAUACAACACUGUGAACAGAGCCGCAUGGGGAGCAUGUGUCUGCUGGGUCAUAUUCGCAUGCGCAACAGGAAAUGGGGGUUUUGUGAAUACCCUUCUGUCUUGGAAAGCGUUCGUGCCACUCAGUCGUUUGUCGUACGCGGCUUAUCUUAUACAUCUAGUGUUUAUCACCGUCAUAGUGACUAAAGAACAAUACCCCACUUAUACUUCAGUUGUCAACCAGGUGAUAUUCUUUCUCGGGAUUUUGGUGAUAACAUUCUUAAGUUCCUUCGUCGUGUCUCUCGCGUUCGAGUCUCCGAUGAUGGGGUUGGAAAAGGUUAUAUUUCCUCGAAAGAAACGUAACUAAUAACAAGUGAUGCGCUACUGACUCUGAGACGGUUAGAUGGUCGGAAUUAAAACAGAGGCUUUGGAUUUUGUUAAAAUGAACCUGAACAACAUUUGUAUUACCAGAGGUACCAUUAACAAAUGUGACAGUGCCUUGUGUUAAAUUGGGCGGACGUUGUUCCUUGUAUUAAUUGUGAUCUGAUGUGACACAAACUAACAUGAUAUUACCGGACACUGUAAACAAGACAGACAAUAAAACGUAAUAUCUCUCAAUGGUUCAACAUGGUUUCUGUAUCAACAUAAUGUUUCGUGGAGAAUAGAGAGCUUAUCAUGAGAUCGUCUGAUGGGAAAAGAUAAUGAAAACGACAAAUUUGUAUGUGCAUGUAGCGCUAACGAAGAUGUAACAUAAUGGCAAAUGUGCAAAAGUUUACAAUGUCAGAAUUGUUCAAACAUAUCUCAUAACUACCGUGUUUUCAUGCGCUAUGUCACAUUUUAUCAUAAACAUUGAUGACACCCAGUGUAAAUCUGAUUGGCUGCAGGUUCCAAAUACUCAAAUAUGAUAAUAAUUUCAAGAUAACGGUUGCUUUGUGAAGUCAUCAUAGAAACAGGCCGUGAUUAAAAAUGUCUAAAUAUUGAAACAAUUUUAGAUUUCAUAAUGUUACGAUCAAAUAGUGAUUUCACAUAUAUUUACAAACAUAUCAUUAGUAUGAUAUAAUAAAGAAUCAGAAAA